AUGCUAGAACUGCACAAACCUGGGGCAGCCAAGUUUCCACGCUACGCAGUAGAGUACCAUUCAAGGUGCUGUCCCAUUGGGUACAAGGAGUACAAGUUCCGAUACGAUCUACUCAUUACCGAGUUUAAGGUCGAACUUUUAAAGGACGCAGAAAUGGGUCGCGAUACAUACUUUCACGCCAUAAUCCUACCAGUUUCCUGCUAUGCCGCUGAACUCGAGAAGUCUACUUCGACGACACGGCAAUGGAAACGGGAGAAUCGAAUUGAAGCGCUUUACAAUUCCGAUGAUUUGGCGAGACAUAUGGCCAAUCAUGUGAUGAACCAAAAUCCCGCUCUCUCAGUAACGUAUAUAUCAACACCCGACCUAAUGCCCCGGGGCCUCUGGCGAGACCCCUACAGGAUAUAUGCCACUAUCUUCUCUCAGGCUAGUAGAGUGCUUUUUCUAGUCACAGAGUCGGAUCAGGAUGAAUUUGAAGACUUUUUCGAAAAUCAUCUUCUGCAUUUCUUUAAGCAACUCCAAAGCCACCGAAGCUUCAGCGAAUGGAAUACGCGAUUUAUUGUGGUAGUCAUGGGCGACUUCGAGUUACCCGCUGUCCUCUGUGGCGAAAAUCCACCUUGCGAGGUUGUGAGGUUUCGUGAAAUUGGAUGGUUUCGAGACAGUAUUGCCCUGAUGAUGCUCUAUCAGAAGAUCAAAGGUAAUUUUGGUUUACAUUGA